AUGUUUGUAGCCGAUGGACUUCUUUACCAUUGGGACUCAAUAGCAGGUGUAAAGGUAAGACAACUGGCUCUCCCCUCGGGCAAGCGCGAAGAAGUAUUGAACCUAGCUCACGAGUCGCUGUGGGGAGGACACAUGGGGAUGAAAAAGACUAAGGCUCGAAUAAAGUACAAUUUCUUUUGGCCUGGUAUGGAAAGAGAGGUGUCGGAGUACUGUAAGUCAUGCCAUGGGUGUCAGACGCGUUCGGACCGGCGGCGCAGUGACAGAGUACCGAUCACCCCGCUUACGAGGCCUGAGCACCCAUUUCAAGUGGUCAACGUGGACAUUAUAGGGCCUAUCGAAACGCCAUCUGCGAGGGGCCAUAAGUACGCGCUGUGCUUAGUAGAUCUGUGCACCAGGUGGCCAGAAGUCAUCCCGCUGCGCUCGUUGACCGCGAAGGCAACGUGCGACGCGUUGCUUGAGAUUUUUACUCGCACAGGGAUCCCAGAGACGAUCUGUUCUGAUCAAGGGACUAACUUCACGUCCCAGCUCACGCGAGUGAUGCUGGAGAAAUUAGGAUGCUGUCCUAGAUUUUCGACUCCCGAGCAUCCCGAAAGUAACGGAGCGGUGGAAAGGUGGAAUCGGGUUCUAAAGAACAUGUUAUUUCAUGUCAUGGAGAAAGAUUCUAAAAACUGGGAUAGGCUGAUUCCCUUUUUGUUGUGGGCUUACCGCGAGGUUCCCCACGACACAACGGGAGCGGCGCCCUUUCGUUUGCUGUAUGGACGAAAUCCGACAGGGCCACUGACGAUCCUGCAGCAGACGUGGACGGGUGAGGUAGCGGUACCGGCGACGCUGAGGGAAACGCCUUCAAGGUACCUAAAACAGCUGCGCGAACAACUCGAAAUAGCAGCUAGUGUGGCUGAGCUCACUAGUACAGAGCGUCAGGGUGGUUACGCCGAGGUGUACAACAGAAGGGCACGUAACAAAGUGUUUCAGGUGGGUGAUCAAGUGCUGGUCUUCGACACGGACCGCGCCACUAAGAUGGCACCAAGGUGGCGGGGUCCGUUCACAGUCGUUGGUCGCGAGAGGCAACACUCGUAUCGGAUAGAAACCGCUGUGGGGAAAACCUCUGUAGUCCACGCAAACCGACUGAGGCCCUACUACGCAAGGGUAAGCCAUGUCGGUGUAGUUUUCGACGAAGACAGGGAGUUUGGGGAGGUUGAAUAUGCCCCUCAGGCUGCGCCCCCGUGUUCGAACGAGGUGCUGAUGCCUCCAGAGAAGUUAGCUCAUCUCGAUGCGGGGACGCGGGCUGAGGUGCAACUGAUAUUUGAAAAGCAUCGUGCACUUUUUGAUGGAAGGCCGGGAAUGGCGAAAGUGGGCCAGCAUCGCAUUGACUUAGAGGAGGGAAAUCGACCGAAAAGGGCAUUUCCCUACAGGGUACCCGAGCUACUAAAGAAAGAAGUGAGUCGACAAGUACAUGAACUUCUUGACUGGGGGCUUAUCUACCCAGUAGAGAGCGACUUUGCGCACCCGGUAGUAUGCGUAGGAAAAAAGGACGGGACAAUGCGAAUGUGCAUUGACUACCGAAUGCUCAAUGCUGUCACUCGUGGGGAUGCUUUCCCAAUGACUAACCCACAAGAAUUGAUUCUGCGGGUGGGUCACGCUAAAUUCAUUACGGUAGUUGAUUUGAGGCGGGGGUACUGGCAGGUGCCGAUGGACCCGAAGAGCCAAUCUCUCACGGCAUUUGUGACGCAUGAGGGGCAGUACGCUUGGAGGGUGAUGCCUUUCGGGCUAAAGAACUCAGCCGCAACCUUUCAGAGGAUGGUCAAUGCGCUGCUCUCCGGACACCAGUCAUACGCAACAGCGUAUCUUGAUGAUAUUGCCAUAUUUUCCAACACGUGGCAGGAACACAUGCAGCACAUUGACAGUAUCCUUCAGGUGCUCGGAGAGGCAGGGUUGAAAGUGAGCCCUGAAAAGUGCCAGGUGGCACAAGCGCACAUUCGCUACCUCGGACAUGUCGUUGGGUCAGGGACCCACGGUCCGGACCCAGAAAAGAUAGCAGCAAUCGAGGGUCUCGCGCCGCCACAAACUAAGAAGGAGUUGCGAAGCCUGCUCGGGUUAUGUGGAUACUAUAGAGAAUAUGUCAGGAGCUACGCAGAAGUUGCCGGCCCGCUGACUGCGUUGACGAAGCGGGGAAUUCCUAACUUAAUUCCAUGGCCGGAGGAUGCGCAACGCGCAUUUAAAAGUCUUAAAGACUCACUUUGCGAAGCGGUGGCGUUGAGCACUCCCGAACCUCAUCAGCCAUACUGGAUUUUCACCGAUGCGUCGGCAACUGCGGCGGGGGCAUGUCUCGCACAAAUGUCGGAACAGGGGAAGGAGAAGCCGAUAGCCUUUGCGAGCCAUCGUUUCAACCCGACACAGUCGCGAUGGUCGACUAUCGAAAGGGAAGCCUUUGCCAUCAUCUGGGCUUUAAAAAAGUUUGACUAUUGGCUUUUCGGCGCUGUGAUCGCUGCGAAAUGUUUCAUGGCAUACGUAGCAUACGUAAAAAAUCUACGAUAUAAAAAAUACCCGGAAAAACACACCAUCGGUAUAAAUUUUGGUGCUACGCUUCUUUUUACGCGGCAUGUGCAAAAGGUUAAAGAAAUGCCCCCCAAAAAAGUAACCCAUAAGAGUAACGCGAAUGUGUAA